AUGAGUGAUUUAAGUCCCCACCAGCAAACGGGAGUGCAACUUGGCCAUCAAGUCUCCGAAGAGGACAUUAAACGAUACAGAGAAAUCUUUCAACUUGUGGAUAGAGAUGGAGGAGGUGAAAUUGAACAAGAGGAGCUUGGUACUUUGAUGAGAACCCUAGGAUUGAAACCUUCCGAUGAAGAAAUUAAUGAAAUGAUGAAAGAGGCAGAUGCCGAUAAUUCAGGUGCUAUUGAUUUCGAUGAAUUUGUAGCAGUCAUGUCAAGGAGCGUUCAAUCACAAUACACAGUGGAGCAGUACAUUAAUGCUUUUAAAACUUUUGAGACUGAUGAUUGCCCCUACGGGGUUGUGAAAACCAAGGUGUUGGAGCACGCAUUAACCACCUACGGUGACAAUCCCAUUACGUUACAGGAGGCUACUGAACUGUUGGCCAACGUAGAUCCAGAAAAUACUGGCAAGAUCAAUUACAUUAAUUACAUCAAUAUGCUUGCAGUUCAAUCAGGAGGCCAACAACAACAGAAAAACAGUUAG